AUGACUGCUGCCAACGUCGCCAAGGCGUCGACCGGAGAGUUACAGGAGAAGCUGACCAACGAAGGACCGCGUAAUCGGCGUGAAGGAAGCAAAAGCGCGCUGCCGGGCGAGAAGAAACGCAACCUGGAGAUUGUCAGCAAGGUGCUGAAAAAGAAGCCGCCAGUGACACUGGAGCUGCUGUCCACAAGAAGAAGGGAGCUGCCGGAGCAACAUAGGCGGCCGCAAAGAAGCUCGCCAAAAAGAAGGUCGCCGCCACCGUGGGUGAGAAGAAGGCCAUCGAGGCCAAGGUGCAGAAGGGUACCGCUAAGAUUCAUGUCAUCACUCUGCCAGGGGUCUAGGUAUGAUUUUGGAGCAAAAUAAAUAAGCAUAUACAAACACACAAUAAAAAACGCAUCAUUCGCUUAGU